GGGAGGGGCACUUGACAACCUAGUAACAGACAAGCCAGAAAUUGGGGUCAGAACAGGAGGAGCACACGGGAUACUCCACAGGGACAGGUACAAUCUGGAUGCCGUGUCCUCGGCCGCCCUGGCUCCGCCGCCACCGAGCCUCCCACAGCUCGAGCCCCGGGUCCCCAGGUGCCCUCUCUGCACCCAGGUCCCCUAGCAGAGGUGAAGACGAGGACGCAGAAGAGGAGGAGGGCGAUGGCACCCCUGGUGAUAGCCCCAUCCUGCCCCCUGCGUCUCCCAUGGAGUGCCUUAUCUGUGUGUCACCCUUCGACGGCGUUUUCAAGCUGCCAAAACGCCUGGACUGCGGCCACGUCUUCUGUCUCGAGUGCCUGGCACGCCUGUCGCUGGCUACAGCGGGUGGGGGCGACGCGGUGGCUUGCCCUAUGUGUCGUGCGCCCACACGCUUGGCCCCGCGCCGGGGGCUUCCCGCUCUACCCACGCAGCCAGGUCUGCUGCCUCGCGACGCGCGCGCGCCACCACCACGCCAGGGCUCCGUGCGCUUCGAUCGCCGCCGAGGGCUCCUGUACCUGCGGCCGCCGCCGCCGUCUCCUGGGCCACGCAAGAGUCGCACGGUGCGUGCCCCGCCGCCUCCACCCCCGCUGCGCCUCGGCCGCCCGCUGUCUCGUCGCCUAUCCCUGAGCAGCCCCACAUGGGCCUUCAACGCGGCAGUGGCGCUGGCCGUGCUGGUGGCUGCAGGCCUUGUUGUCUCUGGUGUCUACAUCUUCUUCCUCAUCCCUCAUGUCACCACCUCCGGCCUUGCGCGACCUCAGGUCGUAGCUCUGGCUCCUGAUCCCAGCUUCUGGCAAACGCUGCAGCCCACACCAGUGUCAACCUGGACACAGCGCCCGACAAAGCCUGACCUGGACCCGGAUGAUACCCUGCCAGAGACCACCAAGGACACACCAGAGCUUGAGGAGCCUGCCGAGGAGGCCGCCGAGGAUGCAGCAGAGACCCUGGACACACCACCCGGUCAAACACCGAAGGCAGAGACUGACCUUGGGUGGAACCUGCAGGUACAAGAUAGUGGGGAAAGGGUGUGA